GUGGAUAGACACAGAGUGACGGGAGGAGAAGGAGAGACGUUUUCAUCCUUUCUCUCCUUGUCCUGUUUCCUCCUUCUUUUCUUCUUUCUCUCAUUCGUUUGUUCUUUUCUUUCUUUCUCCCCUGAGGUUUUCUGAGCCAGAUGAGAGAUGGGAUGUGGAAACUCUUCACCAACCAGCAGCAGCAGCACUAGAGGUCGAGCUGAGUCUUCAUCAAAGGUAUCAAAUGAGUGUUUGCCUGAAGACGACAAACGAAAGAACUAUGGAGGUGUGUAUGUGGGUUUACCUACAGACCUGAGCAACAUUCCUCAAGUACAGAUAGGAUCCCUCAGAGGUAACACACACAUUUACACCCGUUACACAGCUCACAAAGUGAGCGGAGACCAGGAUCAGUUUCCCUGAUUCUGGUCUGUGUGACAAGCUCGGUCCAAUGGUUUUAUUUAACAUGGCUCUGGGCUCAU